AUGAAGCUCUCUUUUGUGAAGCGAAGUAGAACGAAUGCAAAGGGUAGCCACUUUUCAUCGGCUUAUCCAACUAUGCUGUUUAUUUUGUAUUCUCUUAGUUACAUUGUUGUGAGUACAGGGGGAAACUCGACAAAAGAUGAAGAAUGGUGCAUACAAAAAGAAUUCACAUUACCAGACAAAGAAACAACUGAUUUUAUAAAUGUGAGCUUCACAGAAAGACAGCAGAGCGAUUUCUGUUUCCUAUUAAUACACUUCAGACAUGACUCAGAAUUCAGUUUGGAGUUCACUUCGAACCACUCAGAAAAUGGGUGCAGAGAUGCCUAUAUGGUAGUCAUGGAAACAGGGUAUGCAGCUUAUAAUGUUUGUAUCCAUAGCAACCAGGGUGAUUCAUCUUUGAAUAAUCAAUCCAGGCUCUCAAGUGUUAAUGCAGCUAACAAUAACUCAACAUUCUACAAUUAUUCAUAUAUCGACCAAUCACUGAGAACCUCCAGCAACUAUUACCAUAGCAACCACCACGAGUUGCCAAGCAACAAAAACAAAAUGCAUCAUUUAAAACUUACACCUGUAUUAUCAGAAUCAAACACUGUAAAUAUCAGUAUCAGAUAUACAAUCAUACAAAAAGACAUUAAACAAUGCAAAAAUGAUAUAAUUGCUCAAGCAUUUGAAACAGGUAUUAUUGAAAGUCCAAACUUUGGGCAUGAGCCUUCCCCUGACAAUUUUAAGUGUGUUACAACAAUCAGAGCCCCGGAAGGACAUCGUAUCCAACUGCUGUUCAAUAGCACUUUUGAGUUGGAAGAUUCGCCUUCUUGCACCAAUGAUUAUCUCCAUAUUGGGAAUGACAUCACAAGGAUCGGGGAGCCCUCUAUGACAUCAUAUAAAUUCUGUGGGAGUGCAUCCCCAAUUGAGGUUGUCUCCAGAGGAGAGGUUCUAUGGAUUGUAUUCAACACUAAUUAUGCAAAGACAUUCCAAGGUUAUCAGGCGCUUUAUUCCAUAUUACUUCCAGUGAGUUGUAAUAAGAGUGACUUUCACUGUUCAGAUGUCCAAUGUGUCCACCCAGACAGAGUAUGUGAUGGUGUACAGGACUGUAGCAACAACAGGGAUGAGUAUUGUGGUCUGACCACCAGUCAAGAGGAACCAUGUUUUAUGUGUAAAGAUGGCGCUUGUAUCAAGCCAAGACUCCUACGCUACAGUGUUGACUGGGGUAGGAGCUACUGGUGGCUAUGUGAUGGCUUCAAACAUUGCUCAGAUGGCACAGAUGAAAGAUAUGAUGUGUGCCUUAGACUAGAUGGGCGGUCAAAUGCAUUGAUGCAGUGUCAGCCAGCCAAUCACAAUCCUUCACAGGACUUCAAUGUGCUCAUUUUGAAGCUGUUCAGAUGUAACGGCAAGAAGGAUUGUUACAAUGGGGAGGAUGAGAUGUGUGAAGAGAAGAUUCCAGAAAAAUGGUUGAUUAAACCUGAGUUUGUCUGUGUUCCCAUUGGAGCCAUGGUCCUGGUUGCACUCGUCAUGACUGCCAUAUAUUGUAUGAGCAAACGCAAUAGAAAACCUCCAUUGCCACGUUACAGAUUGAACUCCAGCCAGCAAUCUGGCCCCUGUGAUCAAACACAAGCUUUACAAGGCACAGAACAGCUGAACAACAAAGACAAAUAUGACUCUCUUUAUAAACCCGAAAUCUUGGAGAGAAAACAUCCUCAGAGUAAACUUCCAAUAUGUCAAAGUGACCCUGAGUCAAGUUUAAAGUUCAUUGAAUCAAAUUCCAAGCCUCUAACUAAAGAGAAUAGCCUCUAACUAAAGAGAAUUGUCUCAUUCAGCAGACAAGUGUAUAGUUACCCUGAG